GCCGCAUCCAACCUUUUUUCCGCCCUCCAUUCCGACCACUAACUUCCAACCUUCAACCUCUCUGCUUUACUCGCAACCCUAGAUAUCCCAAAAAUGGUUCGCCUAAAAAACCGCUACCUCCUCCUCGAUAUUCUCUACCCAGAUUCAACAACAUGGCCCUCCUCCAAAACAGACUCUCCCGGACCUCACGCCGCACAGCUAGCCAUCCACGCCCCGACCUCCGACGCGUUGACGCCGGGGUUACUCGCCAAAAUGAUCCGCGAGGAAGUCGGGGAGAUGUACGGGGACUGGGGGGUCGGUAAACUGGGCGGUGCUUCUGCGAUGGGUGUCCAAGUCAAAUAUCUCUCCCCGGCUACAUCGACAGCUAUUAUCCGCUGUCCCCGCGCCUCGUUCCGGCUGGUCUGGUCUGCGCUCACAUACAUGUCCCACGUCCCCGCCGUAACCGAACCGGGGACUGGCGCGGGACAGAGAAGACCUAAUGGAGGACGGGAGCGGCCUUGUGUUUUUCGGGUACUCAGGGUAUCUGGGACGAUGCGGAAGGCGGAGGAGGAGGCUAUUCGCCGGGCGAGAAGGGAGAUUGUGCGGGUGAGGGGUGCGGAGGAGAAGGGUGUGUUGGGGGAUUUGAUUUCUGGCGCUGAGAAGGGGAUGAUGGGGAAGUCGGUGAUGACGAGUGUUAUGGAUGUGAGUGAGGAUGAGGACGAGGACGGGGGGAUGUUUGAUGAUGAUGAUGAUUGAGGCGGAAAUGGGGAUGUGGGAUGGGGGAUGGAUUUGAAGAGGGCCGUGGAACUGUACAUUAUGAUACCCCUUUUGAAAUUUUUGAUAUAAUACAUUGCUCUUCCUCGAGGGAAGAGUUCUUCAAAACUUGAUGGAUGGAUCAUGUCUGCUUGCGCCGUACUUUGAUCCCACUAUCCGGUACUGGUCCACUCCAGUCCGCCAGAUCUUCAUCCUCAAGAGCGUCCAUUCCCGCGCCCAUCGCAGAUUGUCUGGCCUUCUCCUCCAUCCUCGCAACUUCUUCCAAUUCCUCCCGUUCCAAAGCAUCAUAUUCAUCCUUGGAAUCCAACCAUCGCUCCUGCACAUCCCGGACAUCCAUCCCACCCAUUCCCUCUCGCACAGCCACGGACCAAACGGUAUCGUUAGCACCCUCCGCAGGCCCAAAGGCAUAUCCACUCGCACGAUCAAUCGCCUUCAAUAAAUUCAUCAUACUCUUUUUAUCUUCCACGGCUAACGUUUCGAACGCCACGAGCCCGAAUUCCUCGACUAGAUCGACAAUCGCGGUGUUCAAGGCGCUAAACUUUGAAUUUGUCAGACGCGACGACUCGGCUUCGAGAUGUGGGAGUAGGUAAUUCAAGUCUUGGACUUCGGUGUAAAAAUCGAGGUUGAAGGGGAGGUUUGUGUAAUUUGAUAGGUUGUCGAUUUUGGUGAGAACGUUUAGAUGAGGUAGGUCGAGUUGUAGCAUGGCGCGGAGGGAGAGAAGGAGAGCAGAAAUGUACAUCGAGGGGAGAGUGAGGGCGUAGGAGUCAAUGAGAUGAAUGACUAUGAG